UCCCCAAGCACCGAGUGCCCUCCAGAACUACACUGGCCAUCCUGCUCCCUUAGGCUUCUUGUCUCUGUUCUGAGCUGGGCAGAGGACAAGAGUUAGAGAGAUUUGCAAGAGAGUGGAGUGAGACUGGAUGUCAGCUCGCAGGGAAAGGAGAGGGAUCCCGGAAGGGCUUCCCAUAAGAAAGCAGAGAAACUACAUCUGCUGGCCUGGAAGUUCCACCAGGAGGGCUUCAGGCAUCUCCAGGGUUGCUCCUGCAGCUGGGCUGGCCCUCUCCCCAGGUGCACCACCAGCCAGGAUGCAGCAGCGACUGGAGACGGAUACCAUCGGGGCCGGCGAGGGGCCACAGCGGGCGGUGCCCUGGUCAGCCUGGGUCAUACGGCAGGGCUGGGUGCGCUGGUGGGCAUGCCACGUGCCUCGGAGCUGGGCCCAGUGGUGGAGCACGUCGGGCUGGCGGCAACCGCUGCAGCGCCUGCUGUGGGGGCUGGAGGGGAUACUCUACCUGCUGCUGGCGCUGAUGCUGUGCCACGCGCUCUUCACCACCGGCUCCCACCUGCUGAGCUCCCUGUGGCCUGUGGUGGCCGCGGCAUGGAGCCACCUGCUGCCAGCCAUCCUGCUGCUGGUGCUCAGUGCCCUGCCCACCCUGCUUUUCACCGCCUCCUUCCUGCUGCUUUUCUCCACACUGCUGAGCCUCGUGGGCCUCCUCGUCUCCAUGACUCACCCAGGGCACGCUCAGGACUUGGACCAAUAGAAGGGCAACCCCAUCCCGCUGCUUGUGUGUGUUGAGCCCUGGCCUAGGACCUGAGGCCCCAGGGGGCAGAGGGGUAGGGGCAGUGGGACCAGGGCCUUCCUGCCUCGGCAGGUUCCAAACACCCAGUAACUAGCACAGGUGGGUGUGUGUGGUUUUGCUAGAGCAGGCACGUAGACUGGCCUGACCUCUGGGCACAUUCCUCAAGCAGAUACUGUCACGAGGAGCCAGGGGCUUUGAGUAGAGGGCACAGGACAGAUGGCAUAGCCAGGGCAGAGCUUGGCCAAGAUGCCGAGGGUGCCCGUGUGGAUGCAAUGACACCACAGCGCCCCCUUGGCAACUGGCAGCAUCGUUUUCUCUCAGCCGUCUCAGCUUCAGAUUCACUGGGAACUUCUAUCUGGGUGUCCUGAACGUGCCAUUCCUCCCACCAAUCCCCUCUUUCAGCUUCCAGGAGAGCCAUAGGUUCUAGCACGGGCUCCACUGCCAGAAACCUAGCUGGGAGAGAGCUGGCCAAAGUCCCCUGAAAUCGAAUCGCCCUCACGUCCCAGACUAGUCAACCAAGUCUUAAUCCCUUCCCUAGACUGCCUAUCUCCUGACUUAGUCCGCAUCCUCGAGUCUGGGGAAUGGGCUGAGGGAAACGGGUCCCCUAGAGACUACCCACCUACCCUUCAGCAGCCCCAAGGUCUGUUAUGGAAAAACGAACACGAAGUCCCAUUUCACCCAGUGUAUGCUCUUGGCCAGUUAAUUCCUUUGAACCUUAGUGUUAAGUGGAUCCCAACCCUGUGUCAUGAGUCAAAGGUUAUACCUAUUUGUGAAGUACUUUGUAAAGACCAAAAAACUGUAAGAUGUUGUUUUAAACUGUAAGUACAUUCUGUAAGAUCAAAGGGUCUUUCGAUCCCAAAGGCUGUUAAAA